UAUUUGUGCGAAUAUUUGUACUUGUAUUUGUACUUAGAAUGACCUGAUAAGUAGAAUUAAAUGUGGAUAUCUUCAUAAUUUAGUUUAAAACAUGCAUCAGUUUCAUAACGCAAACAAUUAUAAAUGUGUAAAUACUGCUGCGUUAAAAAAAUUCGGACAAACAUGUGCAAAGACACCAACAGUAGUUGGCCUUCAAAUGAGGAAGAUAAGAGAGCCGCAGAUAAUUAUCAUUCGGAAUAAAUAUACAAAAGAAAUCGUUGAUUUAGAGGAGCUGGUGGGUCACACGGUGCAGCAGAGAAACUGGAAAGGCAUUGUGAUAGCGCUGGUUGUGAUAAUCGUCGUAUGUGCUCUUAUAGUUGCUACUAUCAUUUUGAUAUCUCCAAAUGGAGACGAAGAGGGAACAAAAGCCAAGUUCACAUUUGAAGAUUUCAUCGACAAUAAGUAUGCUCCCAGAAGCUUCUCAUACAAAUGGAUACAAGAUGCAGAUGCAUUUUACUUCAAGAAUGAAGAUGGUGCUGUACUCCGAUAUAAUUGCUCAACUAACUCCUCCGCCAUUAUUAUGGAUAACUCCACAUUUAGAGAGCUGGACACGUCCAGUUAUACCAUAUCACCGGGAGAGUACUUUGCUUUGUUGCCUUAUGAAAUCAAAAAGAUAUAUAGAUAUUCUACUAGUGCGAAAUAUAAAAUUUUGAACAUACAUACCGAGGAGUCAAGAAAUUUAAAAGGACCAAAGGGUCUAGAGUUUCAGUAUGUGUCAUGGUCACCUACAGUAGAUGGCGUGGUGUUUGUACAAAAUAAUGAUGUGUACUACAGAAGAAAUAUGUACGACGAGGGCGCAUUCCAGGUAACCAGUACUGGUAAACCAGAUGAGAUAUUUAAUGGUGUUCCAGACUGGGUAUUUGAAGAGGAGAUAUUGUACAAAGACAAUGCCAUAUGGUGGUCUCCAGAUGGCCAUUAUUUUGUAUAUGCGUCAUUUAACGAUUCACAAGUCGGGCUUUUUGAUCUCACGUACUAUGGUGACCUGAAGAACCAGUAUGUGGAAAACAAGAAAUUAUUGUAUCCUAAGGCUGGAACAGAAAAUCCCACGUUUUCACUGCACAUCUUUAAUACGCAUACCAACACUACUGUACAUAUAGAACCACCGGACUCGCUUAGAGACAUAGAUCAUUAUUUUACGACAGUCACGUGGAGAAAUAGCCAGCAAGUCUUGAUCACGUGGUUGAACCGAGCACAGAACAUGUCUAUAUUUACAAUUUGCAGUGCAGACAAUGGCUCUUGUUACGAGAAUUACAGAUUUACAGCACCAUCAGGCUGGAUCGAUGUAUAUGUAUCUCCGACGUUUACACCGGAUGGCGGCCAUUAUUUCCUGAUUUUACCACAGCGAGAAGGAGACGUUGGUUCCUACAGACAUAUUGCAAUCAUAGACGCUUCUGUCACCAUCGAUAUCAGUGCGGGGCUGUAUGGUAAAAGAACUUUUAUCACAACUGGACUAUUUGAUAUCAUACGUAUCCUCCGAUAUGAUCAUAGUGCCAGACAGAUAUACUAUCUGGCGUAUAGAACAGGUGACCCCACCUCUAGACAUCUAUUCAGAACAAGCACAGAGACAGGAAAUGAUUUUCAAAAACCAGUCUGUGUCACGUGCUCAAUUUCCAAAGACUGUGAUUGGAUAAGAGCAGAUUUCCCGGAUGUAGGGGAUAACUAUAUGCUAUGGUGCCUUGGACCAGGUGUUCCUACCUAUACACUGAGAUCAUUUGUUUCUGAUACAGUGAUAACAUUUGAAGAUAACAAAGACAUAGCCGAAGAUCUGGCAAAGAUUGCGCUUCCAAGAACUAAAAUCAUACAGGUUCCAUUAAAUGAUAAACAGAUGAUGUGGGCCAAGCUGAAACUUCCGCCUGAGCUAAAAGAACACGAGGAAAUUACAUUUAAUUUGCUCACGAGUGUAUAUGGGGGCCCCGAUUCUCAAAAAGUUACCAAGGCUUUUAGUUUAGGUUGGGAGGACUAUUUAGCUAGUUCACACGGUAUAGUAAUUGCAAACGUGGACCCACGUGGCACAGCUGGGCGUGGCGAUGCUUGGCGACAUGCCAACUACAGACACUUGGGAUCAACGGAAGUAGACGAUACUAUUGUGGCAGCAAGAUACUUCAACAAGUUGAAAUAUAUUAGCGAUAAAAGUGCAAUUUGGGGAUGGUCUUAUGGUGGGUUUUUGACUAGUUUAGCCUUAGCUCGAGGUACGAAUGUGUUCGACUGUGGAAUUGCUGUGGCUCCAGUCACUGACUAUAGAUACUACGACAGUGUUUAUACGGAGAGGUUUAUGGGGAUGCCAACGGCAGAUGACAACCUCGAAGGAUAUGAGGCAACAAAUAUUUCUAAGUUUGCUGAAAAUUUUAAGAAAUCGAAAUUCAUGAUUGUUCAUGGGACAGGUGACGAUAACGUACAUUUCCAGAACACUGUUCAGUUGAUUCGGUCGCUUACAGAUGCCAACGUUUAUUUUCGAUCUCAGAUUUACACGGAUCAGCAGCAUUCUAUUAGGGGAGGUAACUCCAGGCGUCAUUUAUGGAACACUUUAGAAGAUUUUCUGUUACAGUGUUAUGGUGGUAGCAGAACACGUUUAGACGAGCUAAAUAAGGAAUCCUCAGAAAAAGAUGCGCUGAAUGACAGUUAAUAAGCUAAAAUUUAGAGAAAAACAGUGUGGAAUUUGGACAUACUUAACCUGUAUUUCUAGAACUAAUUUUCUAAGCGAAAAAAAAUAAGAAUAUAAAAUUGUCAUUAUGAAAGUUUUUGAUCUGAUAUGCUGACAGGAAUGCUUGCAUUUCCACUUGGAAUCUCGACUCGCUACUGCUUCUAUUGAUCUUAUAGUGAAGACGAUUUGUGCCUGUGAAAUAUCAAUAUGUAACGCAUUUAUUAUACUCAGAAGGUAUGAAACUAUUCAUCCUGAAAACAUUACUGUUUUACAGAAAGAAAUUAUGGGAACAAACAAUUGGCAACGUACUUAGUGUCACAACUGUUGAUGUAUUAUUUGACAAAUGUAAUGUAAAUUGCAGUUUUUAUGUUCAGAUCCGGUGAUUUGAUAAAUAAAUAGGCACUCGCGUUGUUUAUCGUCCAAUUUACCAUGGUUCUGAGUUGAGACGCACAGGAAUUUACACACAAGGGCGGCGCUUGUCCGAGUGGUUGAAUAUCAAAGCGUCUGAACGAUGAAACAUGUAUGUAAGACGAUGAUCAACAUGAAGAUUUUGUUUAGUUUCAUUCUAUCAUGCCCAUAUGAAAUGUUGUGAUUUAAAAUAUGUUGAAAUCACUCAUCUGAGUAGUAACAAACGGGGCGACAUGCGUCAGUUUUAUGUCAUUAUUUACGUCAUAAUGCUCUCUAACUGGUCCGCGCCGCAAACCAUUGAUUAUCGUAGAUUUUAUCACUGUUGUUUUUCUUCAUUGUUUAAUUGAAGAAGAAAUCCAGCCAUGCUAGAAUAGAUUUUAUACCAGUAAACAUUACUGCAAAGAACAUAUUUUUGCAUACCCUCACCCCUUUCAUAUACACACAAACAAACACACACAUAUACACCAUUCCAUGGGUGGCAAAUGAAAUCCAGAAAAUCCUGUGCAAUUAAAUCCAGAACAGAACAACUGUCAAUGAAUAUACAGUAUAAGUAAAAUAGAUAACCAAGAAAACUCAUUAUAUAGUCACGUCUAUACGUAUUGGUUUGUACCAUCAAGGGAGAUAACACAAAUCAAACACAACGAUUUUACUCUCCGAGUUACCCGUUGAUUGAAGUGAUACAAAUAUGAAGACAGCCUGCCAGUGCGCAUGCUUUAAAAUAAUUCGUAACACGAAACGUGCUCACUCUAAUUACAUAUUCAUGUUCAAAGUGAAAUCUGCUGUCUGGUAAAAAAUGCAUUUUCUCUUAUACCGGACUUGAUAGGCCCAUUGACAAAUCGAGAAAUUCAUUUGCUAUAUAACUACAUGUCUAAAUAUGAUAACAUUAGUCGUUUUCUGUUCAUUUUAUCAACACUAGUCGUUAAACAUUGUAUUAUUUUAUAUGCAUACACAAUAAUAUAUUGCACAUUUGUCAUUUGACUUGCAAUAAGUCGCCAUUAUAUAAGUAAGUAGAAUGUUACAUUUUGUAGAAAUGCAAGAUAUAAACACAUAGAUUAUUAUUUCUACUUGGAAAAGAGAGCGUGCAUGUUGAAUGUGCGUGCGUGCGUGCGCGCGUAAUGUAAGCGAAAUUAAGAAUCUGUAGAUGUCAAGGACAACUUGCGUUUUACUAAUUUUCAUUAUAAGCUUAUACAUAUUAUUUUAUAUCAGUUUUUAUGUACAUAGCAAAGUAUGAAAAUGUAAUUUUUUAUUAAUAUUGUUGAUGUCGGUAUCUCCAUUGCCAUAUGUCGGGGCAAUCUCCAUUCGCACUGGUCUGCCCAAACGUAGCCGCUGUGGGCUUUGAUGUCGGGACACACAUAUUUAAUGUAAUACCGCUUUCAUUUUCUAUCAAAGAGAUGUGAGCCAGCUGUUUUAAUGCGAUAUUUCGGAUACGCUAAACGUUGGGUGUUACCAUACCAUUUAUAUAUAUAUAUUAAGCAGAUUUAAUCUUGAUUCAUGCAUCGUUCAGAGACCAUAAGAGUCCGUGUAUGAGGACAUGAGUCGCUGCUGAUUAGUGUUUAUAUCAGAACAAAGUAAUGCUAGCUUGUUUGUUCGAGUGAAAUAGCAAAAUGAGUAAACAGAGAUGUAAACAUUCAUAUAAUAGUACAAUACUGAGACAACGUUUCCGCCAUUAUAUGAGCCGCGCCAUGAGAAAACCAACAUAGUGGGUUUGCGGCCAGCAUGGAUCCAGACCAGCCUGCGCAUCCGCGCAGUCUGGUCAAGAUCCAUGCUGUUCACUAGUGGUUUCUGUCAUUGCAAUAGGCUUUGAAAACGAACAACAUGGAUCCUGGCCAGACUGUGCGGAUGCGCAGGCUGGUCUGGAUCCAUGCUGGUCACAAACCCACUAUGUUGGUUUUCUCAUGGCACGGCUAAUAUAUUGAAAAAUUUAAUGACAGAUAGAAUGAAAUUGUUGUGUUUUUGUAUAGGUCUAUUGUUUGGUAAAAUGAUAAAUAAAAAUAUUUUUGUAUUUAA